AUGGAAGCGUCUCAGUCGUCUCUAGAAGCUGGACCUUCUCGCCCGACGGUGUCAGCAGCAGACAAAUGGGUCAAGCCGAAUGGUCCGCCAGUCGGAGUGACUUUUGGCGCAAGGACAUUGGGUGAGGAUCAAGAUGUAUGGGAGCAUAACACAUGGGACCACGUAGAGCUUCCUGCGGAUUUUCAAACUCGAGCCGCUGAAGCGAUUGAAAGGCAGCUGGCCAAUCCAGUAGCGCAGGAUAAAAGGGACGCCUACAAUGAGGACCCAGAGAGAUACUGGAAUGCAUUUUACGCCAAUCACAAAGAUCAGUUCUUCAAAGACCGGUCAUGGCUUCGAUCAGAGUUUCCCGAAUUGAUAGAAUGUAGCGAAGCAAAUGCUGGUCCUAAAGUUGUCCUGGAAGUAGGCUGUGGCGCGGGGAACAGUAUCUUCACCCUCAUGAAGUACAACGAGAAUCCGGAACUAGAAGUCUACGCUACAGACUAUUCUUCCACGGCUGUCGAAGUGGUGAAAAACAAUCCAAUGUUCCCCUGUCCUGACCAUGGCAAAGGCAAGAUUAGAGCCUCAGUGUGGGACAUCACUUCGGAACCGUCUUCAACCUCCCCUUAUGGCCUUCCCGAUGGUAUAGAGCCUGGAAGCGUUGACGUCCUGACUGUCAUCUACGUCUUGUCGGCUCUCCAUCCAUCAGAAUGGGAGAGAGCGAUACAUAAUCUGUACACUGCUCUCAAGCCCGGUGGUCUGCUGCUGUUGCGCGAUUAUGGCAGACACGACCUUACUCAACUACGCAUCAAAAAGGACAGACUCUUGGACCCAAACGUGCCGAACCUGUACAUUCGCGGAGACGGAACGAGAGUGUACUACUUUGACCAAGACGAUCUCACACGGCUGUUGAAGAGGCCUUCAGAAGAUGGAGCGAUGCAAGAGAUGUUUGAGAUCACUCAGCUGGGUGAAGACCGGCGAAUGAUCGUCAACCGAAAGCUCAAGCUGCAAAUGUUCAGAAUAUGGAUGCAAGUCAAAGCGAGGAAGAGAGCCGAAGACGAUGCGCCUAAAACUUGA